AAUACUGCUGUUGUCUUCCUACCACCUGCAGCCGAUACAUCAAAGUUAUACCUACAAUGCUGUACACAUACCUGUCUGUGUGGUGGCUGGUGAUCGUGGCGACGCUGUGCGCGCCCGAGCACGCACCGAGCGCCGAUCACGAGCCGCGAGGCGCUGACGCACAUGAGCCAUCAGAAGAGCACGUAGCGCCGCUAGAGAAGCGCUCGCCGCACUACAACUUCGGGCUCGGCAAGCGCGCCUACAGCUACGUGUCCGAGUACAAGCGCCUGCCCGUCUACAACUUCGGAUUAGGGAAAAGGUCUCGCCCAUACUCCUUCGGGCUGGGCAAGCGCUCCAUAUCCGAAGAUGAUCAGGACGAAGAACUCGCCAACGACAUCGACCAGGCGAUGGACAGAGAACUCUUCGACCAGUACGACGAUGCACCUGUUUACGAAGAAAAACGCGCUCGUCCAUACAGCUUCGGCCUCGGCAAGCGCUUUACCGACGAGUUAUCAGAGGAGAAGCGCAAGAUGUACGAUUUCGGCCUCGGCAAGCGACUACCGCUCUACAACUUUGGACUAGGCAAACGCGCUAGGGGCUACGACUUCGGCCUCGGUAAACGGUAUAACAGCAAGUUCAACUUCGGCCUAGGGAAGCGAGAGAGGGAUAUGCACAGGUUUAACUUCGGCCUCGGAAAGCGGUCCGCUGACGAUGCCUAUGACAGUGUUGAAGAGUAAAUUUAGUUUUUUUUGUUUUGUGGGAAAUUUCGUGGAUGGUUUUAGUAGCUUUUCUUUGAGAGUUGUUAAAAUAAAAGCAAUUUGAGAAAAUCUAUACGUGAUGUAAAAUAUUUGGAAAUUAUUGUUAAAUAUGUAUUUUGUAAUUAGUUCAUCGGGUUUAGCCUUUUUUUUAUAUGAAACGGCUUACUUGUGAAAAAUCCAGCCAAUUUUCACAAGUAAAUCAUGAAUAGGUAUUUUUUUUCACGAAACUUCUCACAAUCGACUUAUUAAAUAUGAUGUACAUUGUACAAUUAUUUUAAGACCUCGAACUGGACUAAAAAUUCCUUCAAUUAUUGUAACUAUAGAAAAAAACUAAUAAUAAUGGAUAAACAACUAGAGAAUGGCCUCAUAAACUUAAAGGCUACAUUUGUAAAAUCAACAUUUUAAAAAGAGCAUAUUUUUGUCAAUUUCCAGUUUCAAAACUAAAUUACUAACUAAAUAAACUUCGCCUAACUACUGGACUCUGAACAUGUAUUUAAACGUGAAAUUCAAUUAAAUUUGUUUUUUGUAAAUUGUUGUUAUACAUCCAAGUUAUUUAUGUAAAAGUUGAAAAUUAAGCUAAGCAACACCUAAUGAAAAGUAAAGUCACGAUUCUUUUUUUUUACAAUUUAGGUAAUUUAGAAUAAAAUUCGUAGUGCCAUAAGUGUCAAUAUCAUGUCUUAAAAAUUCUUUGAGAAUUCUAAAUAUUUAUUUUCUGGAUUCUGGAUGGAAUCGUGACUCUAUGAGUCAUAAAUACUACCUAAUUAAGUAUUGAUAUAAGUUUCCUUAAAGCAUAAGAUGUGUUGUUUCAAUAUAAUCAUUAAAACAAUUAUACAAAUCAUAGCAAGAUUGCA